GUGGAUGUUGUAAUGGAGACCAAAGGUGGCAAAAAGAAGUCUAGUAGUAGUACUAGUCGUAAUUCUUUACAAUACGAAGCUCCUCUCGGUUACAGCAUUGAAGACAUUCGUCCAAACGGUGGCAUCGAAAAGUUCCGAUCUGCUGCUUACUCUAACUGCGUUAGAAAACCAUCCUGAUACAACCCAAACUAACUGGCCCACUAAGUCAUAGAGUAGGAUUCUCUUCAGCCUCUUCGUUUUCUUUUUCUUU